AUGCUACAGCUGGGGCUGGAGCGGCCGGAGUCGGAGGCGUGCUCCCUGCUGGGGGGCGGCGCGGCGGAGCGGCUGUGCCGGCUGCACGUGGACCACGUGGCCGCCGCCCGGCGGGCCGCCCGCGCCGCGCUCCAGGAGUGCCAGUGGCAGUUCCGGCAGCGCCGCUGGAACUGCUCCACCGCCCAGGGCUCCAGGACCGUCUUCGGGCCCGUCUCCAGGAUCCCGAGCCGCGAGAUGGCGUUCGCGCACGCGCUGUCGGCGGCGUCCCUGCUGCACGCGGUGGCUCGCGCAUGCCACGACGGCCAGCUGGCGGCGUGCGGCUGCUCCCGCAGGGGCCGGCCGCGAGACCUGCACGCCUCCUGGCUGUGGGGCGGCUGCGGCGACAACCUGCACUACGGCUACAAGUUCUCGACGGAGUUCGCGGACGCCAACGAACGGGAGAAACCGCUGAAGAAGGGUUCGCGGGAGGCGGCGCGCGCCGUCAUGAACCUGCACAACAACGAGGCGGGCCGCAGGGCGGUGGUGCGCAAGUCGCGCGUGGCGUGCAAGUGCCACGGCGUGUCGGGGUCGUGCAGCCUCAUCACCUGCUGGCAGCAGCUGGCUCCGCUCAGGGAGGUCGGAGACUACCUGAAGGACAAGUACGACGGCGCGACGGAGGUGCGGGUGACGCGGCGCGGCCGGCUGGCGGUGCGAGACCGGCGCUUCUCGCGCCCCACCUCGCACGACCUCGUCUACCUCGCGGAGUCGCCAGACUACUGCGAGCGCAACGAGUCGCUGCGGCUGCCCGGCACGUACGGGCGGCAGUGCAACCGGACGUCGCAGGGCAUCGACGGCUGCAGCUUGCUGUGCUGCGGGCGCGGCUACAACACGCAGAAGACGCUGGUGCGCGAGCGGUGCCGCUGCAAGUUCCGCUGGUGCUGCUCCGUGGAGUGCAAAGUGUGCUCCCGCACCGUGGACGUGCACACCUGCAAGUGAGCCGACACUCCUCGCAGGGAAGCGCCGUCGUCAGGGUUACGACCUGCACACCUGCAAGUGAGCGGACACUCCUUGCACAGGAGCGCCGUCGUCAGCAUUACGACCUGCAC